UGUGUUGAGCCGAAUACUUCUUGUCACUCUUUCAUGCUCGUUGACGUCACGUUGUUAUGUAUGCCAGCUGAUCUACGACUAGGAUCAGAGGAAGAGCUCCAACAUCAGCAACUGCGGGUGUAAUAACUAAAGCAAUCUUUCGAUUUUAAAUCCUGGGAUAGCAAAACACUGAAAUACAGCGCCUAACAAAACGCAAGAAACUAAAGCUGUCAGAGAAAACCGUGACGGUCAAGAGGAAAUGUAAACAAGGUUUUAUUUAUUUAUUUGUAGCAGGAAACUUCUGAAAAUGGUGGACAUUCGGAGACAGUAUACUUGGGUCAGGGCCUUGCUGUUUUGUUUCUAAUGGAAAUUGGUCUUACGUUUUAAAGGGUUGUAAUAAAAUAAAAAGAAAAGACUUUAAAAACCUAUUAAAACAAAAAACGAAUUAAACGAAGGUUACAUGUGAACGUCUGUACUACCAGGAAAUUAGUACAGUGGGAAAGCAGGAAUAGAUCUCGCCCAAGCAAGCAAGAAGAAAAAUGUGGCUAAAGCUGUUUUUGUUGCUGCUUUAUUUUUUGAUGUUGUUCGUUCUGGCACGGUUUUUCGAAGCCAGUGUCUGGUAUGAGUCGGGUAUCUUUGCUACUCAGCUAGUGGACCCGGUGACUCUGAGCUUCAAAAAGCUGAAGACUAUCCUGGAAUGCAGAGGGCUGGGAUAUUCUGGGCUGCCAGAAAAGAAGGAUGUCCGGGAACUAGUUGAGAAAUCGGGUGAUCUCAUGGAGGGGGAACUUUACUCAGCCCUCAAAAAUGAGAAAGAGGCUUCAGAGACAGUUUCCAGCACCACCUUCAGCGGUGAGAUGCACUUCUAUGAGCUUGUGGAAGACACCAAGGAUGGCAUCUGGUUGAUCCAGGUCAUAGCUAAAGACAGACAUCCUCUUGUGAGUAAAGUCAACUGGGACAAAAUGGUGAGAAAAGUUUCCCAAUUUGGCAUCCGCACUGGCACCUUCCACUGCUCGAAUGACUCCAGAUACUGUAGGAAAAGAGGCUGGCUGAAGUCCACACUCAUCAUGUCUGUCCCCCAGACCAACACUUCUAAAGGGAAGGUGAUGUUGAAAGAGUACAAUGGCAACAGGAUUGAAACAGAGCACAUCUUCAAGUGGAUGACUGCUCACAUUGCUUCCCGGAUAAAAACCAUCCAGUACACCAAUCAGUUAAUGGAUGAGUGGAACAAGAGUGACCAGUACCAGGUAAAAAUGUACCUGUUCGCCAAACUAGACCAACCACCUGCAUUUUUCUCUGCUCUCAGUGUGAAAUUCACUGGGAGGAUAGAAUUCAUUUUUGUGGAUGUACAAAAUUGGAAGAGUCAAGACUACUUGAAAGAGAUCGGUGUACAACAGAUACCUUCAUACCUACUUAAAACACCUGAAGGUAGUUAUAGAUAUGGGAACAGUACAGGGGAGUUUAUAUCUCUCAAUGCUAUGGACGCUUUCCUACGUUCAAUACAGCCAGAAGUGAAUGAUUUAUUUGUCUUAAGCCUGGUUAUGGUCAACCUAAUGGCCUGGAUGGAUUUAUUUAUAACACAAGGCGCCACUAUAAAGCGCUUUGUGGUCCUUAUAAGUACACUUGGGACAUACAACUCCUUAUUAAUAAUUUCCUGGCUUCCUAUACUGGGCUUUCUACAGUUGCCAUACCUGGACAGUUUUUAUGAAUACAGCCUCAAGUUUUUAAGGUAUGCCGACACAACAACCAUAGCCUCUUGGGUAAGAGCUGAUUGGUCAUUUUAUUCCUCCCAUCCGGCUCUUUUUCUUAGUACUUACCUUGGUCAUGGAUUACUGAUCGAUUACUUUGAGAAGAAGAGGAGGCGCAACAACAAUGACGACGAAAUCAACGCCAAUAAUCUUGAGUGGCUGUCCAGCCUUUGGGACUGGUACACAAGCUACCUGUUCCACCCCAUUGUUUCCUUUCAGAACUUUCCCAUUGAGUCGGACUGGGAUGAUGACCCCAACUUGCUUCUGGAGAGACUGGCAUUCCCAGAUCUGUGGCUUCAUCCAUUAAUCCCCACUGACUACAUCAAGAAUCUGCCCACUUGGCAUUUUAAAUGUGUCUAUGCCCAGUCUGAAGAAGAAGCUGCAGAAAACUGGCAGGAAAGUGAUUGCGAGUCCGAGGACGAAACCAAGACUAAAACAGAACUGUCGGAUGAUGAGAUGAGAGCCGCCCAGAGUCUAUCAGAAGAGGAAUGUCUUGGAAGAAGUCUUCCUGACUGUACUUGCGUUACUAAAAACUUUGAAGGCAGCCCCAAUGGAAGAAAAUGCAAGGGCCAAGGGACUUGUAACACUAAAGAGAACAUUGAACCUGACUGGUCCUUGUGGCCUGGUGACAUGUUGCAAUGCACGGAAUGCGUGGUGUGUCUAGAAAAUUUUGGAAGUGGUUGCAUAUUAAUGGGCCUUCCAUGUGGUCAUGUGUUCCACCAGCAGUGUAUUGUGGUCUGGCUUGCAGGCGGCCAACACUGCUGCCCAGUUUGUAGGUGGCCGUCCUACAAAAAGAAACAUUGCAGACCACUACCACAACAGCAGCAGCAGCAGCAGCAGCAGUAGCAGCGGCGGCAUCAGCCGGCUUCCUUAUUGGGUGUAACUGCUUAUUAAUGCUGGCCGAAAGUCUGCCUCCUGCAUUUAAAUAUCUUAAUGUUUGAUGUGUUAAUGUUAGUUGUUUAGGUCUGUGCUGAUUUUGUGGUGUGAAGUCUAGUUUACACGUUCAGACAAAAAAAAAGAAGGACAAAAAACACAGCAUAUUAGCCCUAAUAUACAGGACAAAGUUAUUUUUGGUUGCCUUCUACAAUGCUUUUCAACUGUAGUGAAUAUUUUUCUUUUAUUUUAAAGAUAAAAAAGAUUAAUCUUUUAACAAAGUUUAACAAAAUAUAAAUACAUAUUUAAAAACCUGAAAAUGGUGAAUACCUGUUAAAGAUCAAGGUGUGUUUGACAAAACAAUCAUAUCAGUAAUAUGAAGAUAAAGGUCUAUAAGCACAGUAGGUGCUAUAUAUAAUUUUGAAAAACGUUAAGCAUCGAGUUUUAGGUUAGUGAGUUUGUACUGUUGUCAUUAAUUGACUUCAUGUUGUAUGUCACAAUUGUUUACAACAGGGUUACACUACAAAAGCACAAGGCACUUCAGCGUACUGUGUUAAAACUUCAAAUUAAGAACAGAAAAAUGCAUUUAAACCUGACUUUCAAAUUCAGCUGUAUAGUUGUCUCUCAGAAUUACAUCUUCUUUUGAGGCAUGGCCCUGCCCUGCGGACAGAUAAAGUAAUGCUUCUGAUUCAGUUGUAGUGCUAACACAUAUAUACAUACAUAUGUACAUGCAUGUUUUUACAAAACACAAUUACCCAAAUUAACAUGUGCUUUGUUAAAUAGGUACAUUGAAGAAGAUGAAGAAAAACAUAACAAUAAUGUUGAAUGUUAUUCACCUGUAAGUUUCACAUGUUGUUUUCACUUGUUUAAAAAAAAAAAAAAAAGUUGUUGUGCACUUGAUUAUAUUACCAUGAGCACUAAGGUACUUUUGCAAUUAAUUCAGUCAGUAGAUUUGAUUAAUCAACUUCACUGAUUUUCUAUGUGGCACUGGGUUGCUUUCCAACUUGAUCUUCUAAUCUGGGCGAGUAAAUCAGGUUUCAGGCAGGUAUUGAGAUUUUUAGUUUUGUUGCACUGUACUGUGUGAAAGUUUUAAGUUAGUUUUAGUCAUGGUGGGCAAGACUGCAGAUCUAACAGACUGUGUUGAUGCACAGGUGGCAGGUGCCUCUAUAUCCAAGACUGUACAAACUACAAAUGCUUUACAAAGUCUCAAAGAUGGUGACUCUAGAAGCCAUUCUGGAGAAAAGAAUAUGCUGACGAUUUCUGUCCCCAACUUCCGUGGAAGAAUUUGAGGUUAUCCAUCCCUUGAACCUAUGUACACUACAGUUUACACUCAUGCUGUGUGCUUAACGUUCUCCAGUGUUGCACGUAUUAAGACACUUUCAAACAUCUGGAAUUGCAGUAGUUUUAAUUUAUCAAAAUAAAUUAGGCUAUAGAGUAUGUAUAGUAUUCAGAGGACUGUAUUUACUUGUUGGACCCUAGAACAGUCAUUCUGUCUCCUAGGGAAAACUCAUGCAGCAUUUUUUCUACUAGCAUCCCCCCCUUAAAAAAGCCAAUGUCAUGGUGAUAUUCUUAAAGCCAAAUGAUUGAUAUUCAUAUGAAAUGUUCCUUUUUUUGUGAAUAGCAGAUACCUGAAUUAUUAAAAAAAAAAACCUUGUUUAUUUGUAAUGUUUUGCUAUAGCUUUGUGCAGUGAACUCAGUGUGGAUAUUUUACUUCUGAAUCCUUAAAUAAAAUUACAUUUACAGCA